GAUGAGUUUGAAUGUUAAUACGAGUUCUGGAUUAUUUGUAGCUUGUUUCCAAGAUGGGAAAACCGAAAAAGAAGAGUGACUCGAGCCGUGCAGAACUGAUGAUGAUGACUAUUGCGGAUGUCAUCAAGCAGUUGGUUGAGGCCCAUGAACAGGGAAAAGAUGUUAACCUUAACAAAGUCAAGACGAAGACAUCAGCCAAAUAUGGUCUCUCUGCACAGCCACGGCUGGUGGAUAUCAUUGCUGCAGUGCCACCUCACUACCGAAGAGCCUUGGUGCCCAAACUUAAAGCCAAACCCAUCCGUACUGCCAGUGGGAUUGCAGUUGUCGCUGUGAUGUGCAAGCCUCAUCGCUGCCCACACAUCAGUUUCACCGGCAACAUCUGUGUCUACUGCCCUGGGGGUCCGGACUCAGAUUUUGAAUAUUCUACACAGUCUUACACAGGAUAUGAGCCCACGUCAAUGAGAGCCAUUCGUGCACGAUACGAUCCCUACCUCCAGACUAGGCACCGAGUAGAACAGCUUAAGCAGCUGGGUCACAGUGUGGAUAAAGUGGAGUUCAUUGUGAUGGGAGGCACAUUCAUGGCUCUGCCGGAGGAGUACAGGGACUAUUUCAUCCGUACCCUCCACGACGCUCUGUCAGGACACACUUCCAACAACGUCACUGAAGCUGUCAGAUACUCUGAACGCAGUAACACCAAAUGUGUCGGCAUCACGAUUGAGACCAGACCGGACUACUGCCUAAAGAGACACUUGAGUGACAUGCUGGCCUACGGUUGCACCAGACUUGAGAUCGGCGUACAGAGCGUUUAUGAGGAUGUGGCUCGUGAUACCAACAGGGGACAUACUGUUCGGGCUGUGUGUGAAUCUUUCCACCUGGCUAAGGAUGCUGGUUUUAAAGUUGUUGCUCACAUGAUGCCAGACUUGCCCAAUGUCGGUAUGGAAAGAGAUGUGGAGCAGUUUAUAGAGUUUUUUGAGAAUCCUGCAUUCAGACCAGACGGGCUCAAACUUUACCCUACACUGGUGAUUCGGGGCACCGGACUGUAUGAGCUGUGGAAAACGGGCCGCUAUAAGAGCUACUCUCCCAGUGCCUUAGUGGAUCUGGUUGCACGAAUUCUAGCGCUGGUUCCACCAUGGACUCGUGUGUAUCGUGUACAGAGGGAUAUCCCAAUGCCAUUGGUGAGCUCUGGGGUGGAACACGGGAAUCUGAGAGAGCUGGCAUUGGCCAGAAUGAAAGACAUGGGCACUGAGUGUAGAGAUGUACGAACCAGGGAAGUGGGCAUACAAGAGAUUCAUCACAAAGUUCGACCAUAUCAGGUUGAGCUGAUCCGCAGAGACUAUGUGGCUAAUGGGGGCUGGGAGACUUUCCUGUCUUAUGAAGACCCCGAGCAGGACAUUUUAAUUGGUCUCCUGCGUCUUCGUCGCUGCUCACCACAGUCCUUCCGGCCUGGCGUUUCCAUUGUCCGGGAGCUGCAUGUCUAUGGAAGCGUGGUCCCUGUCAGCAGCCGAGACCCCAGCAAGUUUCAGCAUCAGGGUUUUGGGAUGAUGUUGAUGGAGGAGGCCGAGAGGAUAGCCAGGGAUGAGCACGGCUCAAGCAAAUUGGCUGUUAUCUCAGGUGUUGGAACAAGGAAUUACUACAGAAAAAUGGGCUAUGAACUGGAUGGGCCGUAUAUGUUGAAGAGCCUUUACUGAAGCAGAGAGGAAUCCAUAUCAAGAUGAAUCAUAUUCAAUGGAGAAAAUCAUCUGGCAUGCAGGACACCGACUUUAAGGGGAUCUUUACACCCAACCUAUAUUGGACUGGACUUGAGGAUUGCAGAGAGCGUGUGUGAGUGGUCAUCACAAAGCAAACUUAACUAUUGUUACAUGCCAGCAAAA